ACAGCAGAUUUAGGCGUGCUGUUAGUCAUCUUGUUCACGGCGUCUGAACCGACAACAGCUGUGUACCCCUGCUGCUAGUCAUUUUGUUCACAGGGUCUGAACCGACAACAGUUGUAUACCCCUGCUGCACCCCUGUUAGGUAUCUGCCGAAAUUGUUAUCUCGGCGCAUCUAGAGAAUAGUGUCUAUGUUUUAGAAGAUGCUGUAAUGUACACCUGCGCUAUGCCAAAGAUAGUCGAGCUGUGGCGCACGCUUCUAGAAGCUUCUCCUGGUGCGUGCACAGUCACAGUCGCUUGCGCGCUAUUCUUAGAAGCCAGCCGAGCGCUGGCGCAGGCUCUGCCGCCAGGCGUAGCUGAUACAUGUGCUAACCGGUCAGAAUAUGGCAGUGCUCCCCUCUCCACGGUCAUUCAUCGUGAUCACGGACGACGCUCGCGCGAGGAGCAGGCCGAGAGCCAGCAGUACCUGAGUCGCGAGGAGGAGAUCUCCCUCGUGAGGUCCCUACAGCUCAAGUCUACUCUUGGGCAACCCGUGCGAAUCAAGUUCAUACGCUCGCUGGCCUUCAGUAUAGCCCGUCAACGGACGACUUUGGAGAAACAGCACCCCCAGCUCCAGGCCAAGAGAGGUCGAUCGAUUGACUGGAAGCGCCAAAGGAGCAACAUACACGAGAAGGUCGUAGAGUGGUUCAACGUGAUUGGACAGGUACUGCAGGACCCUAGCGUCGUGCUAGAAAACGUGUAUAACAUAGACAAGACAGGAGUCAUUCUAAGCAUGCUUGGCUCAGUCAAAGUCAUGGUAGGUAAAGACGACCAACAGAACAACAGACGUGCUGGUGUGAAGCACACUAUACACUACGCGCACUCUAAGAAUGGCUACAACGACACCAACAUCAGCCUGGAGUGGCUCACACGUGUAUUCAACCCGCAGACUAGAGGGCGUGCCAAAGGGAAGCCACGCGUUCUUGUGGUCGAUGGCUUUGGGACGCAUGAAACUCUUGAGAUCCUAGAGUUUUGCCUGUCAAACAACAUUGUUGAGAGGCUGAACCGUGGAGGCGUAGACACGGUUGGCAAAGAGCAUUUCCCCUACCUGUGCGGCUCUGCAAGAGAUAGGGCUAUAACCAAGAGCAACAUCCGAGCCAGAUGGGCAGCGACUGGCUUGUUUCUCUUCAACCCAAAAAGAGUGCCGAAAGGCAUUCCGAAGCCCCCAGCUAAACUUGUCAUUCCAAGAGUCAAAGUCUCGGCUGGACCCUGUCUGUUAGCUGAGAUGGUGCACACACCUGUUCCACCCGUGACACUAGUGGCAGCCGAAGCACUCACAAUGUUGCAUGACAUGAUCAAAGAUGAUACUCAGACGCUUGGUGAGGCUAGCAGGCAGUGUGUACAGAGGCGCAUACAGAAGCUCGCGAGUGCCGCCCGGAUAUCCUUCGCCGAGCGAGCUCUUCCAAAGUUGUGCGGGUGAACGAGGUGGUGGCGCUAACAGACACUUCAGUCCCGUGAAGGGCCCCAGUGGUGCGAAUUUAUUAGAACGGCGCUUUUGACUAUGCUUACAGUAUUGCAAUCUUCAUCCAAAGACUUCGUUUGUCAUCCUUUUGCCUCUCCGUUGCUGCUGGCAGACGCUCAGCGCAGUCAAGGAGCAGGCUCCUUUCAACUUGACUACU